UAGCCCCAAUUGACCACAGAGGCGCACCACUUGCACAUUGUUAAAAGAAAAAAAAUUCCUCAAUUUUCCCGCCAAAAACCACCGCCAAUUUCACUCAAUCUUCUAAACGCCAACUCAAAAAUUGCUUCCUCCUUAGAUUUAGAUUCGUUUUGUUUUCAUGUGAAUUCAGAAUGGGCUCUCUCGGUUGCAACAAUGAUGCUCAAAAUCAACCAAUCAAAACGAACCCUAAUGUCGACUUUUCCCAUACACAAGUAAAAGCCUUAAAUUCCCAGUUUAAACUUCCUCCGUUGCCCGGUGAAAGAGUUGAAGAAUAUGAUAAUAACAAGUUGCAGUUUGAUAAUACUGUUCCGAUGGAAGAUUCUUGUAAAACUCAAGUUCUGAAUUUUGAUGAUGAACCCCUAAUAUUCAACUUUGGUGAUGAACCUCAAGGAUUUAAUUUUGGUGAUGAAACUCAAGCUUUGAAUUUUGAUGAUGAACACCAAGCAUUGAAUUUUGGUGACGAAACUCAAUUAUUGGAUUUUGGUGGUGAAACACAAGUAUUGGAUUAUAUAGAUGGUGUUGAAAAUUUGGGCACGCAGUUGCUGGAUGUGUUUGAUGAUUUAGUUGCUGAUGAUAGCAACAAUGAAGGGUCUGAUAGAACUGAAGUUUUGGAUGACAUCUCUGAUGAUGAUUCAGCAAGAAGAGGGAGUGAUCAGCGGCUAGAGAAAGAGAAGGCAUGCCCGGCUUCUGCUUCAGAAGAAGGACCCCAAGUUUCUACACCUCUGGUGACUCAAAGCACUCUACCACGAACUGGACCUGUGCCAAGGUUUACUUCAAUUCGUGUGGCAUCUUUGCGUGCUUCUGGUCUAGCAGCCCGCAGUUUGGCUUUGAAGGAACCUAACUGCAAUUGUAGUUCUGCCCAGACUAAUGGUUUGUUUUCAGAUCAAAAUGACACUAGAAAUAAUUUGUUAGAUCCAAAAGUCAUGGAUGAAAUUGAUAAGGUACAUGAUUCAGAGAGAGACAAUCAGAAAGGGAAGGGAUUAAGGGAUGGAAACAAGUGCAGGCUUGGUUCUUUGACUGUGAAAAAACUCGAUACCAAGGAUUCACUUUUUGAAAACGAAAGACUUCCUUGCAACAGUGAGAAUGAUGGAGGAGAAAGCCAAUUGCUGUUGCCCGUUUGUGAUGUGGAGUUGGCUGGGUUAAGCUAUAUUGACUCUCAAGAACUCGAAGAGUUGUCACAAACCAAUGCCCUCAAAUUUGUGGAUAUGUAUAUUGAGAAAAGUAAUUUACUGAACUCUGAUUGUGAAAUGGAAGGUGAAAAGAGUACUUGUGGGAAAUCAAAACUGGUUUCAAUUGCAAAAGGGCAACAAAGUUUGGCCAAGAAAGUCAAGAAUAAAAUCACUGUUGGAGAAGUAGGGAUUUUUGACUGGGAUGAUAAAAAAGAGGAUGAAGGAGGGGGAGAUAUUUUCUGCAGAAGGAAAGAAGAAUUCUUUGGUAGUGGAAGCCAUGUGCUGCAAUCUUUAACUGAACCCCAGAAUCCCAAAAAGAUACAAUUGGAUGUGUGCAAAGACAAAGAAAAACAGCUAGAUGUGCGUGAUAAAAUCACAGUACGCUCUGAUUCAAGAGUAAUGUUGCAUAAAAUGAAGGAGGAUAAAAAGAAGACACAAGAAGGUGAAAUGAAAUUUAAAAAGAAUCUUGCUGUUGAGUUUGAUGAACAGUUUGUUACAGAUUCCUCAAGAGAACAGGUGGAAGAUAUUGUUAGUAAGACAGAUGUGCCAGAGAUGUUAAAUGUUGGUCCUGACACUCAAAUGGCUGCUGAAGCCAUGGAAGCCUUAUUCUUUGGGGAUUUAAUUGCUAACCACACUGCUACUGACCUACAAAGCAAUUCUAAUGGCCCUGCUGAGGGUUUUCUGGAAGGAAAAUCUAUGAAUAAGGUGCUCUCAUCCAGAAAAAGUGUACGUGUUUCAGAUGUUGGAGUAACUACAAGACUAUCCAAGAAAAUAAAGAGACAUGACAACAUAUUAUGUGAAGACACUCCUUUUUCAUCAGCGAAACUUCCUGAGAAUAGAAAGAGGGCCAAGUCAACCGCCAAAAAACACAUCAGUACCAGUGGAAGCAAAAACAUGGACAUGGUGCCCUCUAAGAUUAUUGGGCAAAGAAAGUCAGAAGUGGGUUCCAAAAGCAGCCAUUGCAAGGAGUUAAAUAGAUCACUUGAGAAGACUGUAACGGGGAGCGGUCACUCAAUCAAACAACUGAAUUUACCGGAGGAAAUUAGUACUUAUGCACCCAUUGCUUAUCGAACCAGGCAUUCCAAGUUAGUAAAUAAAUCAAAAAUGCCUGAGCAUGUCCCUGGUGAUUGCAGAGAAGAUAUUAAUCAUGUGGAAGUUGGUGCUGUUGAAGGGAACAGAGUUGGUAGGGCAGAUGUUGAGGCUUCUGAAAUUUUGCAUGCCAAAAGGAAAUCUUCUAAAUUGGGUAUCAAUCAAUCUGGAGAUCUUAAAAAGGCCAAGCCAAAUCAACCUGAUCAAUUGUAUUCAGACUUAACAGUUAUGAAUAAUGGAAUUGAUACAUUGACAAAUCCCAAAGGAAGGAGAUCUCAAAGAAGCUCUUCGGGGAAUGUUAAUGGAUUUAAUAAUUUCGAUGCUCAAUCCAAGCUAUCUAUUCAGCCAGAAGGCAUCAGACCGUUUAUCUCUGGGCGUAAAAUAUCACGAAGCACUGCUGGAAACGAUAGCGUUAGUUUAACCACAAAGAGGAAAACAAGAUCAUCUGUGCGUGCUUGUGCAGUUGUUUCUUCUGAGGACUGGAGUUUGGAAGGGACAUUGUCCGUCAAAAGUUCAAGUAAACUGGGUCCACAGGAGGCUGCUCGUGACUGUAAUUCUGCAGACAUGAAAGGGAGGAUAUCUACAGAUGAAAUGGCUGUGCAAGAACUGCAGCACCAUGACAGGGGUGUCACAUAUUCCUUGACAUUGGCUAAAAGUGCAGAAAUGAAUGAUAAGAUAGACAGAUCCCCGUUAGAGAAAUGUAAAGCAUCUGAUUCAGCAUGUCCUUCCCCAGCUCAAUGUAUGACACCUGUGAACGCUGCAUCUCCUGUCUGUAUGGGUGAUGAAUAUCGUAAACAAUCAUGUAAGAAAAACCUGUCAAGGUCAUUUCUUAUAAGGGAAAUCAGUAGCUUAAUUCCUAAAGAACAGGAACCUGUUUCUCCAUUGAAAGAUUUGAGGAAGAGGAGAGAUAUGAGCAGCAUUAGAGUCUUGUUCAGCCAUCACUUGGAUGAGAAUAUUAUUAAGCAGCAGAAAAAGGUUUUGGCCCGUUUAGGAGCUUCUGAAGCAAUUUCAAUUAUGGAUGCAACCCACUUCAUAACAGAUAAAUUUGUGCGGACAAGAAAUAUGUUAGAAGCAAUGGCUUCUGGCAAACCAGUUGUGACACAUUUAUGGCUUGAGAGCAUUGGACAAGUGAAGGUCCACAUUGAUGAAGAAGCUUACCUGCUUCAGGACACCAAAAAAGAAAAGGAGUUUGGCUUUAGCAUGCCGGUUUCUUUGGCAUGUGCACGCAAGCUUCCGCUCUUACAAGGUCGAAGAGUUUUAAUAACGCCAAAUGUAAAACCUAGUAAAGAAACAAUUUCUGGUUUGGUUAAGGCAGUCCAUGGUCAGGCAGUGGAGAGAAUAGGCAGAUCUGCCCUAAAGGAUGGUAAAAUCCCAGAUGAUCUGUUGAUUUUAUCCUGUGAAGAAGAUUACAGAAUCUGUGAGCCUUUCCUUGAAAAGGGGGCAGCUGUUUACAGUUCAGAGCUUCUUCUGAAUGGCAUUGUUAUUCAGAAGCUGGAGUAUGAAAGGCAUAGUCUAUUUACGGAUCAUGUUAAGAGAACACGGUCGACCAUAUGGCUGAAAAAAGAUGACCUUAUGUUUCAUCCAGUGACAAAGCUUAAAUAGGAGUGACAUCUUUCUUAACCCUCCAACUUUCAUGGAUCUCCUACCAAUUGUGGUAGGUUUGCAGAAAUAUGUAUGUAUCAAGGCUUUCAGAGGGUCAGUCCCAUGAUAAAAAUUGCCUAGUUUGUAUAUAAUGCUUUCUUUCUUCUUUAUUUAAAUAUAUAAUUUUUGUUUUUCGAGGUCUAAUCUAACCAGACACUUUUGUUCAACCUUUUAAAACUUGUACCAUGUAUUACCAGGGUAGGGGCCGGUCUGAGUGUUUCCGGGCCCAACUGAUUGAAUAAUUGCUAGAUGCGAUAAGCUGUUUAAAUAAACAUUUGAAUAACAUCUAAAACACUGUGG